AUGCAGUCUGACAGGAUGUGUGUUUUCCAGCAGAGGAUCAGAGAUGGACACAGUGACUCUCUGGAAAGCGCCCUCAUCAGGCUGGAGGAGGAACAACACAGGUCCGUCGGCCUGGCCGACACCAACGCUCUUCUCCGGGAGCAGCUCAGCCAAUCAGAGCAGGCCAACCAGGCAUUGAGGGAGAACCUCCAGAAGCUGACAUCGGAUUGGACAAGAGCCAUGAAGGAGGCGGAGCAAAGAGAGGAAGACUGGCAGAGAGAGAGGGAGGGUCGGUCCGGUCAUGUGGGUCAGCAGCAGGCUCGGUUGUUGUCAGUCUGGGGGUCUGUGGUCCUCUGAGGAGACACUGUUACACUGUGAAGACGAGCCGCAACAGGUAC